AUGCGGUCCCAAGCAGCGCUCGUCCGCCACUCCCGGGUCCUGCUCGCGCCGUCGACCCCAGCAGCCCCCAAGUCCUCGUCGCGCCUCUUCCACCCGACGACCUCGCGCCGUCUCCCGCGCAAGCCCCCGCCGCACGUCGCGCGCGCCUACCGUACCGGCACCACCACCACCACCACCAGCGCCUCGUCUGCUCCUGCGGCCUCGUCCUUGUCUUCUGAACAGACGCAGAGCCCCAUACAACCCAAUGUCGACGAAUCCGAGCCGCCUGAGCCCGUGCAGGACGUCACCGCCUCGGGCGCCACACCGCCAGAGGAUCCCGAGCCCGAGCCCGAGCCAGAAAAACCGCGUCGGAGGACACGCUCGGCCCCCAAAGAGUCUGCCAGCAGCAGCAGCACCACCACCACCAGCUCCUCAUCUCCGUCAAACCCGCCCCUACCCCCGGGCCUGCACGUCCUCUGGAGCGCCGACCACGACUUGCCGGCGCCCAACCCGGCCGCGCUGCCCCCGGCCCCCAUCUUCGACGAGGUCCUGAGCGACUUCCGCAUCGCGCUCCACCCCCAGACCCAGCACCGCUCGAUCUACGCCUCCCCCAGAGGCCCCACCGUCGAGCCCACGCUCGGGCUCUACUGCCCGAUCGAAGGCGGGGACUACGUCCUGGACGAGACCGUGCGCGAGCUCGCGCGCCGCACCGGCGCGGACGUCGUCGUCCUCGACGCCGUCCAACUCGCCGCCGGCGAGCACGGCCAAUUCGGCAAAGCGAACGUCCUCCAGCUCUCGCCCAACCCGCUCCACUUCACGUCGCACGUGCCCGCGCCGUCCGCCCCCGCGCCCCCUUCGUCCACCCGGUCCGCCGCGAUCGAGGACGGCGACGAAGACGACACGGAGCCCUUCGCCUUCCCCUCGCGCAUGACGAUCCAGAUCUCGUCCCCGACCGCGUCGGGCCGGGCAGGCAGCGGCGGACGCACCUUCCUCGCCGCCAGCGCACGGAGCGCGUCCUCCUCCCGCCUCAAAGCCUUCUUCGACGAGCUCGUCAACCUCGCGCCCCCUCCUCCUCCUCCACCACCAUCUCCCUCUCCCACCACCCCCAAUUCCUCCGACUCGGACACCACCACCACCCCACCCCCUCCCCUCCCCCCGCCGCCGCCGCCCGCGCAUCAUCUACAUCCGCGACUUCCCCACCCUCGCCGCCUCCUCCCCCACCUGGUACCCCCCCCUCCUCGCCGCCGCCCCAUCUCGCGCUCCACCUCGCCCGUCUCCGACCCGAUGGUCAUCGUCUUCGGCAUGACGCCCCCGCUCACCCCUUCCUCCUCCUCCUCCCCUUCCUCCUCCCACAGCGGCGGCGCAGCGGCGGGCCUCGUGAGCCUGCUCACAAGCCGCUCCGCCGGCUCCGCGCCCCUCACCUCCGGCGCGCGCGCGACGGCGGGCCGCGACGCGUGGGCCGAAGACGCGGCGUCCGACGCGGCGCGCGAGCGGCGGUUACGGCAGCGCCUGCGGCGGUGGGAGCGCGGCGGCGGCACCGCGUGGCUCGACGAUCUGCCCCGGCUGUCCUCCGCGUCCGGCUCCGAGGGCGGUGGCGGUGGUAGUGGCGGAUCGGGCGCCGAUGGGGAGGGCGCGGUCGUCGUCGUCGGCGCGCCGCCCUCGGGACUCGCGGGUCUGCCUGCGGCGCUGCAGGACGUGUUGCGCGCCGCGAGCGGAGGAGGCGGGAACGGGAGCGGGAGCGGGAGCGGGACGGGAGGGGCGAGCGGGUUUUGGAAGGCGGCGUUCGUGGUGCCGAGCGCGAGGAGCGGGAGCGCGGAGAGGGCGUGUCGGGUGGCGAGGAGGAGGGAGGUGAACGUGCUGACGAUGCGGAUGGGGAUCGCUGCGGCGGGCGGGGCGUUGGCGGACGCGGAGCCGGCGGCGAUGCGCCGGGCGGAGGACGAGGACGAGGAGGUAGAGGGAGAGGGAGAGGGAGAGGGAGAGGGGCGGCAGCAGGAAGAGGCGGAGAAGAUGUGGGCGGAGUGGGGGCGGAGGAUCGAGACGUGGGACGCGGUGCGGCGCGUCGCGGAUCGCGCCGUCGGGGGCGCGUACGACCCCGCGAGCGCGGGAGCGAAGCCGAGCUUGGAGCCGACGCCGAUCGGGUGGGACGCGGUGUGCGCCGCGUGGCGCGCGAUGAGGACGCAGGGGGAGGUGCGAAGGGCGUGGGCGGCGCAGGCGGCGCGGGAGGACAGGAAGGAGGCGAAGGACGAGGAAGGGCCCGGGGCGGUCGGGAAGGAUAACGACGAGGUCAUCGAGCGCGUGAGGCGCGAUCCGGACCUCGACCAGCACGAGCAGCGGCUGCUGGGAUGCAUCGUCCAGCCUUCCACUGUUCCGACGUCGUUCAGCCAGGUGCAUUUGCCCGCGCACACCAUCGACGCCGUGCGGACGAUCGUGUCGCUACCGUUACUCUACCCGGACGCGUUCAACCACGGCAUUCUGAAGGAACACGGUAUGACGGGCUGCCUCCUCUUCGGCCCGCCCGGGACCGGUAAGACGCUGCUCGCCAAGGCGGUCGCAGGCGAGGCCGGUUGCCGGAUGCUCGCCGUCGCGCCCUCCGACGUGAUGGACAUGUACGUCGGCGAGGGCGAGAAGCUCGUCAAGUCCCUCUUCUCGCUCGCGCGCCGGCUCGCGCCGUGCGUCGUGUUCGUGGACGAGAUCGACGCGCUCUUCGGGGCGCGCGCGUCCGGGCGCGAGUCGGGCGGGGCGAUCGCGCACCGCGGCGUGCUCACCGAGUUCAUGCAGGAGAUGGACGGCCUGUGGUCGUCCCGGGAGGACAACGUGGUGGUGAUCGGGGCCACGAACCGGCCGUUCGACCUCGACGACGCCGUCCUGCGUCGCCUGCCGCGCCGGCUGCUGAUCGACUUGCCGGGGGAGAAGGAGCGCGAAGAGAUCCUCAAGAUCCUCCUGCGCGACGAGACGCUGGCGCCGGACGUCGACCUCAAGGCGCUCGCGAAGCAGACCGAGACCUUCUCCGGGUCGGAUCUCAAACACCUCUGCGUGGCCGCCGCGCUGGACGCCGUCAAAGAGCGAGUCUCCGUGCCCUGGGCGGUCUCGAGCGCACCACCGGAACCUUCUGUGACGGUGGCGGAUCCUCCUGCCGAGAACGCCGCUGGACCCACCGCGGAAGGCGUCGCGGACGGCGGCGAUCGACUCGUGGAACCCGCCGCCGCCUCUUCGGCUUUGGACACCGAACCCCAAAAGUCGGACAGCACCCCGCGAACCAAGGACGACGAAAGCGAGGCGGCGGACGCGGCAGGCCCACCGGACCGCGGCAGCGAGAAAGCGACGCGCGAGAUCGCGGCGCGGCACUUCAAGAAGGCGCUCUCGGAGAUCACGCCGUCCGCGAGCGAGGCGCUCGGCACGCUCGCCGACCUCCGCAAGUGGAACGCCGAGUUUGGCGAGGGCCGCAAGGAGAAGAAGCUGCAGGUGUGGGGCAAGGGCCGGUUCGGGUUCGCGAUCGCGAACGGCGACGGGGGCGGCGUGCAGGAGGGGCACGUCGCGCCGUCGCCGUCGCCGGCCACGACGGAGCAGGCGUCCGCGAGCAGGUAGCGGGCGGGCGGCGAAAAACCGGUUCAUACAUAAAGAAUAGGGCAAUAAUACGCUAAGCAGUCGUAACCAGUGGUUAAUCGUCAGAAGAAAGGCGGGGGAAAACCCCCGCGUCACCGUCUUGAUUUGCGCCGGCCGUUCGCGCGGGGAGGCUGCGAGGGUUCUUCCGGUGUCUGCGAUCGAGCCUGCGUCUGCGUCUGAGUCUGCGUCGCGUCCAUCGCCUCCGCGUCGUACUCCGCCCCUCCUUCGUCGUCGUCCGACGUCGCUCUGCGCAGCCGGCGUCCCGAUUCCUGCCCGUCUUGGAACGCGCGCUCGCCGACGGGCACGAGCGCCCGUUUCUCUUCCUCGCUCGCCCACGACGCUUCGCAGGCGGGGCAGACCGUGCGCCCGCUGCGCGUGUAUCUUUCGUAGCAGCGAUGGUGCAUGUACACUUGGCAGUUGCGCGUUCGGCAGUUGAUGCCCUGGGUGACCAGGUCGGAGCAGAUGGUACAUUCCAGGCAGUCGUCGGGGUACGUGUCCUUCAGGUACGGGUUCAGCUCCAGCAGGCCGCGGGACGAGAGCAUGUAUCUGCCCUUCCUGUGUGCGCGCGCAUGGGGGAGAUCAGGAGGAUCCGUUCGCAAGAAAGCAAAGAAAGCGGCGUACUUGCUCUUGAGGAGCCACCCCCUGGCGACGAGGCUGCCGAGGACGACCUCCGCCUGGGACUUGGACAUGUUGCUCUUCAGAUUGCUCACCUCGCGCAACGCUACGAGGGAGGAGCAGCAGAAGGCGUGAUUGGGGGCCAGCAUAAUUAUAGCUUUGAUGUACGAGAUCUCCAGCGCGCUGUACUCGGUCGCCAGUUGCGCGAUAUCGUCUCCUCUUCUGUUGAU